AUUUCUGUAAUAUGUCUGGGAUUAGGAUUGUGGCCAACACCUAGGAAACAGUUAUUGGAUUUUAAAUUGUCAUUUUAAUUUACCCCUGGGUGUCGGCAAUGUCUUCACCCAUAUUGUCUUGGGAAAUAGCCAGGUGAUUCUGCUUUUUCAGGCUUCUAGUAGAUUCUAGAAGUCUCCUUCUGGUACCUCACUAUAACUAACACAGGUAAAUUAGCAAAAUUCAGGGUGUAUUUGUUAACUGUGCAUUCGAAAAACAAACAUACUUUCUUCCUUACAACUUGAUUUAUGUGUGUUCAUUUUUGACCCCGAAAUGAAUGGCAGCUGGGUUUAAAACAAAGAAUAGAAUGUAGCCUUAACUGUGUUUCCGAAAACCAAUUUUAGUAACUCAGAUUUUAGGUUUGCAAACCAACAUGACUUUAAACCCCUGGGGAUUGCUGUAUAGAAUUUCAUGGUGUGGGUGUCAGAAAGCGGCACCCCUAUGUUAUGUCUACAAAAAGUCCACUGCAUUUACACUUUGUCUUGCCAUCUGUAAUUUCUAAGCUUGUAUAUGGGUUUCUAUUAUUGAAUUGAGAGACUGUCCUAAGGGCAGACCAACCUGUCAGGUUUCCUAUUUCUUAUUUAGCCUAACCAAAUGUACCCAAAUGUAUCUUCAAAUAUCAGAUAUUUGAUGCAGAAUAUUCAUGCAUACUGACUAAGAAUUCAGUGAGUUAUAAACUACAAUUUAAAAUACUCGUCCAGUUUACUUCUUCAUAUUUUCAUUUAUUGCUUUGUAAUUGCUUAUAGGAUAAAAAUAUACUUAUUUUUGCUCUACAAGUAUAUGUUUGUUCUUACUUUAGAGGGAGAAAUAAGAGUUAAGUCAAAUAGAAUCCGUCAGAAGUCCGAAGUGAGUGUUGACCAAACGCCAUUCCUUUUUUCAAAAAGACAUAUAAAAAAAUUCUUUCUCUGAUAACAUAAUAAAGACUUGCCUUGAGAAUAGGAAUAGUAUGUUAGUCAUCUUUCAGUUUAUUGCUUUUUUCCUCCACUGACUAUUCAAGUUACUCCAGACAGGAAAUUAGUAGUAUAGAGUGGACAGAAUUUUGACUGAAGAAUAGUUCUCCCCUACCCAACACCUGACUUUUAAAUAAGAUAAAUGUAGGUUAUUUCACUAUCAUGAAUCCUGAUUCCAAGGAGUGUAAUGAAUAAAUAGCAAAUUUUCUGUUCUAAAUGGAUGCUAUUUUAAAAAGAACAAAAAACAAAAAGGCUGGUCAAGGAGUGCUUUAGAAUUCUGCAGAGGACCCUGCCCUGGUCAGAACCAGGUGGUCUCCACUGCACUUUCUAACCUGGGGUCCAGGCAAGACUCUCUCCCUCUUCUGGACUUCUCUUAUUUGUGGGGACUAAAGGAGGUAGUGGAAUGUGAUUUCUGCCUUGCCUCAUUGGGAAAAAGUAACUGAUUUUCCUCACAAGAGCAACAUUUCCAUGGGUUCUCAUUGAUAUGUGAUGCCCUAAAAAUGCACAGGAAGAUUAAAAAAAAAAAAAAAAAGAAGGAGAAGCAGAGUCUGCUUAGCUCUGGCCUGGUUCUGGAUGAAAUUUAUUAUUUAUACAUUUACAAUUUAUUAUUUAUCUGGGUGAAUGCUUUGGUACCAGAGGAGAAAAAUUCAGGAUUCACAUACAAUCAGAGCUCCUUACUCCUUCAAACUCGCAGCCUCAAGACAGUUGGAAACUUAACUUUUGAGUGGAAAAAGGUUGUUAAUGGCCGCUGAGCUUGCACGUGUGCUUUGAAUUCUAAUCGGGAAAUUGAUAAUGAAGAACAAUUUUAUAUUACUAUGGAACUUUUUUUCCAAGCUAAGAAAUACCUUGAAAGGCCAUGAAUAUCAAGUCAGACACAACUAGUGAUCUAAAAAUAGCCAGAGACACUAUACUUUAUAUAACUGCUCCUGCUGGAUAACAAGACAGACUGAACCCCGCUUGCCUUGUCUUUGAUGUGUUUGCUUAUAUGAAACUGAUAGAUGAAUAGUGGAGCUUAAAAAGAGUUCGUAGUUUGGAUUUUUUUCGAGAAAUUUGUGAUCCGUGCCUUAUUAUAGCUGUGUAAUUUCUCCAGGAAGUAUUUUAGGGUUAAGACUAGCUCUAGCACAGAUCUAAGAUGGCUGUCACGGCCAUCUUGCCACAAGUGUCGACACUGGGUGUGUGAGGCAGACCUGGGAAGGCAGAUAGGAAGCAAAUGAUCUCCACGAUGGGAGGCAAGCUCAGCAAGAAGAAGAAGGGCUACAAUGUGAACGACGAGAAGGCCAAGGACAAGGACAAGAAGGCUGAGGGCGCGGGGACCGAAGAGGAGGGGACCCCGAAGGAGGGCGAGCCCCAGGCGGCCGCCGAGCCGGCCGAGGCCAAGGAGAAGGCGGAGAAGGGCGCCCAGGACGGCGAGGGCAAGGCGGAAGAGCAGGAGGGCGCCAAGGACGCCUCGGCGGCGGCGGAGGCCCCGAAGGCGGAGCCCGAGAAGGCGGAGGGCGGCGCGGCCGAGGCCAAGGCCGAGCCCGCCAAGGCGGCCGAGCAGGAGCCCGCGGCCUCCGGCCCCGCUGCGGGCCGGCGAGGCCCCAGAGCUGCCGAGGCGCCGCGGCCCGCCGAGACGGGCGCCGCCGCCGCCGCCGGGGACGGCCCGGCCAAGGAGGAAGGGGACCCCAAAAAGACUGAGGCUCCCGCAGCCCCUGCCGCCCAGGAGACGAAAAGUGACGGGGCCCAGGCCUCAGACUCAAAACCUAGCAGCACGGAGGCCGCCGCCUCCAGCAAGGAGGCGCCCGCGGCCACGGAGGCGCCUAGUUCUACCCCCAAGGCCCAGGCCCCUGCACCCCCCGCAGAAGAGCUCAAGGCCGGCGAGGCCCCGGCAGCUAAUUCUGAUCAAACCGUAGCAGUGAAAGAGUGACAAGGACAGCCUAUGGAAAAGAAUAAUACCACUUAAAAAAAUAAGAAAAAAAAAAAAACAACCAACAAAAAACCCCCUAUCUCUUUCUCUCCUUUCUCUCUCUCCUCUCUCUCUGUCUCUCUCCUCUCUCUGUCCUAUACUAACUUGUUUCCAAUUGGAAGUAAUGAUACGUAUUGCCCAAGGAAAAAAAAAAAGGAUGUGUCCCAUCAAGGGAGGGAGGGGGUGGGGAGAAUCCAAAUAGUAUUUUUGUGGGGAAAUAUCUAAUAUACCUUCAGUCAACUUUACCAAGAAGUCCUGGAUUCUAGAGAUCCAUGUCUGAAAGUGCAGUACGCCGUCUGGACCCGAGCUGGCUGCUGGUUCUCGCACUCCACCGCUGAGAUCCGAGUGGCUUUCCUUCCACCAGGGCAGCUGGGAGGGAUGCGCUUGAUUCUGCCCACGGGGCCUGUGCCAAGGCAAUCAGAUCUUUAUGAAAGCAGUAUUUUCUGUGUUUUUCCUUUUUAAUUUACAGCCUUUCUUAUUUUGAUAUUUUUUUAAUGUCGUGGAUGAAUGCCAACUUUCAGACAGAGCCCACUUAGCUUGUCCACAUGUAUCUCGAUGCCAAGCCUCCAUUCUUCCUCUCCAGAUAUUUUUGGGAGUAACAAACAUUCUCUCAUCCUACUUAGCCUACCUAGAUUUCUCAUGACGAGUUAAUGCAUGUCCGUGGUUGGGUGCACCUGUAGUUCUGUUUAUUGGUCAGUGGAAAUGAUUAAAAAAAAAAAAAAAGUCUGCGUUCAUUGCAGUUCCAGUUUCUCUUCCAUUCUGUGUCACAGACACCAACACACCACUCAUUGGAAAAUGGAAAAAAAAAAAAAACAAAUAAAAAAAACAAAAAAAAGUACAAUGGAUGCAUUGAAAUUAUAUGUAAUUGUAUAAAUGGUGCAACAGUAAUAAAGUUAAACAAUUAAAAAGAA